UGCUUUCUUUUUUGUCCAGCUUUUUAUAUUCUACUCCACUUCCUUUCGCUCUUCCUUUCGCUCUUCCUUUCUUAUUGCUUGCCUGUCAAACCUCGCUUCCAAAAAAAGGAAAAAAAGAAAAAAAAAAGAAAUAGAACUGUACCCAACGUCUGCUAUGAGUGAACACGACAGCACACUCAGAGUAACUAUUGUCGGAGCAGGGCUCGGAGGCCUAAUGCUCGGUGUCUUGCUAGAAAAAAUCGGUAUCGAAUACGAUAUCUUUGAGCGUUCGAAUUCUCUGAAGCCAUAUGGCGCUGGAAUGUCUCUGGGAGCCAACAUACUUCCAGUGUUCGAACAAUUAGAAUUGUUUGAUGAAUUGCGCAAGAUUUCAUAUCCUGGUACAGGCAUGGAUAUCUUCAAGGAAGACAUGACCCGGAUCAGCAGAAUGAACAUUGGAGGACACUUGGACAGCAUUGGUUAUAAUACACAGUUCUUCAGCCGCCCACAGGUCCAUAAUCUCCUGUUAUCGAGGAUACCACCAGAGAGGGUCCAUUAUGGUAAAAAGGUACUAUCGGUCGGUCAAAGUCAGCAUGGGACAAUCGUUCGCUUUGCGGAUGGUACUACUCAUGAGUCCGAUAUUGUUAUUGGAGCCGAUGGAGCCUACAGUGCUGUGAGACAGAGUCUAUAUGAACGUCUACAGAAGGAACGGCUAUUGCCCAAGAGCGAUACAGAGUCAUUAGAGGUGGGUUAUACCUGCUUGGUAGGGACGACUGUACCCUUGGACCCGGAGAAGUAUCCAGUUCUCAAGGAUGACUUUGCACAUUUUUCGGUUGUCAUCGCUGAUCAAAAACCAUAUUCAUGGACUAUCAUAUCUGUUCCGGGGAAUCGAAUCUGCUAUGGAAUUAGUAUUCAAUUAACAGCUGAGCAGAAAGAAACAGCAUUCCGUAACUCGGAAUGGAGACCAGAGUCAAUCGAUGCCACGAUCGCACCGUUCGCUCAUCACUUGACGCCUUUUGGGGGCACGAUGGGCGACCUCAUCGAAGCUACUCCCAGAGAUUUGAUCUCGAAUGUGUAUCUUGAAGAAAAACUGUUUGAGACAUGGAACCAUGGACGCAUUGCUUUGAUUGGCGACGCUUGCCAUAAGAUGCUUCCAAGUGCAGGACAAGGUGCAAUCAAUGCGAUGCAGGACGCUGUGGUAGUUGCCAACUGCAUUUAUGAACUCGGAUCCAGUACGUCACAGGAGGACAUCGAGGCGGCUCUCCAAGACUACAAAGACCAGCGCUUUGUGCAUGCGAAGGAGCAGGUCCGCAACUCGAAUGUAUCGGGAAGGUUGCUCUAUGGUCAGACAUGGUUCUCGAAGCUGGUCCGUACAGUCAUCAUGUACUUUUUGCCGAAGGAAUUUCAGAAGAGUACCUUGACGAGUUCAGCAGCAUAUCGACCACAGGUAGCAUUCCUGCCUCCUGCACCCAAGAGAGGGACCCUAGAUAUCAUCCCUCAGAAGCCUUCAAAAAGGUUUCAAGAAGAGCAGCAAAAGUUGAAGGUCCAGAAAAAAGAAGAAGAAGAAGAAGAAGAAGAAGCCGGUCAGAAUGAACGAGCAGCACAUAUUGUUUAGAUGUGUAGUUAUAUAGACGUAUAAGCUUGUAGAAAGGGUCAAGACGAAGAACAUAUUGUCAAUUGUGAUUAGAAUUAAAAAUAUGUAUUAAAU